AUGGCAGCUUCAACAGAGUCAUACAUGUAUAUGGACCAGAGUGCUUUUCAUUACGAUUACGAGACAUUGCGGACCACGGGUUUCAUCCUUGCUGUGGUUAUGUUCGUAACCGGGAUUCUUAUUGCUGUGAGUAAAAAGUUCAAAUGCUCCGAAAACAGAUCUAGUCCAGUGGAAGGCCCUCAGCCACUGAAGACAGAAGUUCCACCUCAGACAGUGAAAAGCAGAUGGUACGACUGGGCGGCCCAUUUCAGCGAGAGGAAAUGCUCAGAAGCACAAAGUUACUUAUAGGAAUGUGGAGGAGAUUCGAACCUGCUUGACCUUUUUUUGUAACCUCAGCCUAAAUGCUGAUCUAUUGCUGUAUUUUUAGGUCUCUCAGUAGCACAUGUGCUACAUUAUAUCACUUUUGUGUUCAUAGAGUGUGAACGACACCAUUAAUGAUGCACCUCUUAUUUUACUCAUGCAUGAAUAAUUUGCUUUACAUGUUGUUGUUAUUAUAGGAGGCUUAGAUCUAAAAGGGCAUUCAUGGAAAUAUUUAUGGAAGCAAACAGGAAUAAUGAUUAGAAAACUAGUAGACUGAAUUAAUUACAUUGGAGAGCUCAUGUUUCAUGUAAUAGAUUUCAUUCAUUUAGACAUGAUGAUGUUGAUAUUUUCACUCAUUUAUAUUUUAAUGAAGAGAACAUUGUUUGAAUAAAUAUAGAGUAAAUAGCUCUCCAGCAUGGAAAUAUACUCAGUCCAGUGUGUCUCCCUGUAACUUGUGCA